AUGCCAAGCUCCCCUUCCCCGUUCUGCUCUCCUGCUGAUUCCAGCUCGAGUCGCCGCGUCUUGCUCUCGGGCCCCUCCAUUCUCCUGCCCGCCCCUGUAGUCGUGCCGGCGAGACUGGCGCAUCCCGCCACCCCGCUGUCCUCGUCUCUCGCUUACACGGCCUCUCAGGCGACGGAGACCAUGCUUCUCCUCUCCGCUGCUGCCUGGCGCGUGGCGAGCGGAAUCCGCCGCCAGUCCUCUUCUCCCAGCGCUCUGACAUGCCUGACGAUCGCGCCUCCCUGCCGCGUUCCCUCUGCCGCUGGUCGUGCGUCUCUGAUGAAUGCGGCCCCGCGUCGCCUCUCUCGUCCUGCCGCCAGUGGCCAUUGGGUGCGCCUGACUCACCCUCCCAUUCUCCCCCGCGCAUCAGCUGUCGAUCCGGCGAGCGCGUGCCAUCUCCGACCCAGCCCUCCCGUGUCUGCCGCUUGUCGAGUGAGCGAGAGUUGUCAGGCGCGCGUUCCCAGCGCCGUGGCUCCUCCUCUGUCGCACGGGGUCGCUCCACUGCGCCCCUUCCACGCGCACCCUGCAUCCCCGCAGCGUCGGCGUCCAUGUCCCAGUCCCGCCGCUCCUGCUGAAGUGACCUCUCCGCGUGACUCUCUUCCUCACGGGCUGCGGGGCGCGCUGGCGUGCUGGGCUGCGAGGCGCGCUGGCGCGCUUAGCAGCGGGGCGCACUGGCGCGCUGGGCUGCGGGGCGCGCUGGCACGCUUAGCAGCGGUGCACGCUGGCGCGCUGGGCUGCGGGGCGCGCUGGCGCGCUAGGCUGCGGGGCGCGCUGGCGCGCUUAGCAGCGGGGCGCGCUGGCGCGCUGGGCUGCGGGGCGCGCUGGCGCGCUUAG